AUGUGCGGUGAUGAACAUAAGGCCGUCGAGGCCACGACCAACAAUGACUAUCUCGUGCAGUCGGAUGAUCCCGAGCACCCGGCCAACCUCAUUCCGGAGAUGUGUCGUAAAUUCUACAACUGGGGCUGGGUUACCGGCACUGGUGGAGGGACAUCGAUUCGCCACGGCGAUCACAUCUUCCUUGCGCCCUCCGGUGUCCAAAAGGAACUCAUCAAGUCCGACAACAUCUUCGUCAUUCAAUGGCCCACUAAGAAAUACCCCGCCGAAGACCGCAACUAUAUCCGCAAACCCCUCGCACUGAAACCAUCCGCCUGCACCCCAUUGUUCCUCACGGCCUUCGAGCAGGGUGCUGGCUGUUGUAUCCACACUCACUCGCAGUGGGCAGUUCUGAUCACCCUGCUCGUUGAACGGGAAAUGGGCUCGGAAGCAUGCUUCGAGAUAAGCCACAUCGAGCAGAUCAAGGGUAUCCCUCGCGGCAAGGGCAAGGGCUACUUGGACUACCACGACACUCUGCGCAUCCCGAUCAUUGAAAACACCCCGUACGAGGAGGACCUGACAGAAGGUCUGGAGGCGGCGAUGAACAAGUACCCCGACACCUAUGCGGUGCUCGUGCGGAGACAUGGAAUCUAUGUCUGGGGCGACAACCCUGCCAAGGCCAAGACCCAGUGCGAGAGUCUGGAUUACAUCUUCCAGUUGGCCGUGGAAAUGCACAAGUUGGGUCUUCCUUGGAUUAAGUAG